UUAUUAGAGGGUAACUUUUUUCUCUCUCUCUCUCCCAAACUUUUCUUGCCUUCUCCGAAAGUCAUGACAAGUCUUAUUGUGACUGGACGUAGAGAAGCCAGAAGGGCUGUGUGGAGCAGGGGGGAGGGAACCAGCCUGCACUCCAGCUGCAUGUAUCGUUCAGUGAGCGGCUGAGAGAGGUGUUAAUUUGAAGCUGCGCAUUUGUUGAAAGGUCUCAGUCCUGAAAAAUGGCUCAGUCGGUGCAAGUUAACCCAAAGUUGCCUGAUCUGGGUUCAGUAUUCAUCUACUCGCGUCAGGAAGAGGCUGAGCAGCCAGGUUCCUACUCUGUCCAGACCCCAUAUGGUUUCCACCUGGAUCUGGACUUCCUAAAAUAUGUAGAGGACAUAGAAAGUGGGCACAAUCUCCGUCGGGCACCUGUGAACUCCCGUCGCUCUAGAGGGGGCAAACUCUACCAGAGAAGUCCAGGUGUGGGAGGACGCACAAGUGGCUGGACAUCUACAGAGUCUCUGUCGUCCACAGCAAGCGAGGAUGGCAGGGCUCCUCCCCCACCGCCACCACGCAACCGCCUUGGGUCUGCACCCUGUGAGGGGCUUUCUCUGUCUCCUGUGACCCUUCUCACUGCCCCUUCAUUGUCUGCUGGGGCCAAGGUGCCACCGCCGCCUCCGCAGCGCAACCCCAGAGUCGAGCGGACGCUUCUGGAAACCAGCCGGCGGCUACAGCAGGAGCAAACUGACCAGCAACAGAAUGGGGGCCGCUUCCAGCUUGCAGAUCCACCCAAACAGCUGCUACCCUCUCCCUCCACUCAAACUUUGCAGAGUAGUUGGACUAAACCCAGUCCUCAGACCUCAGGGCGCAGUACUCCAGCUGCUGGCACCACAGUGACUCCGAUCCCUCCCAGCCAGUUGCAGACAGUUAGAGAGCAGAUGGCUAUAGCCCUGAAGCAGCUGAAGGAGAUGGAGGAAAGGGUGAAGGGUGUACCUGAGCUUGAGAAAGAAGUGUCUAAGCUUCGGGCAGAGAAAGACAUGCUCUUGUUAGCCUUGCGGGAGAAGAAACUGGCUAUGGACAUGGCCCAGCAGAAGCAACAGUCUACAACAUCCUCCACCCAAACCACAGAGACCCUUCUAACUCAAACAGAUCACAAUGUCCAGAGUCAGUUGACUUCACCAAGUCACAGAGGCCUUGGAAAAUCUAGUGAGCUGAAAAGGCUGGCGGAGAAAUUUGAGAGGAAGGAAGGGAAAACCCCAGAGCCUUCGUCAAAAGUGUUACUAAAGGCUCCAGAGAAAGUUUCAUUUGUUGAGAAAAAAUCUGUGGCUGUUGGGGACAACAUGCCCAUGGAUUCUGUUGUAUUCUACUACAGCCAGGGCAUGAAAGAUGCUUCUGAGGGCACCAGGGUGAAUGUCUGUGAGAGAGGCACUGGGACACAGUCCCCUCUGGUUCAUGAGGAGGGGAUACAGGCCAGGCUGGAGACGGAAGACGCAGAGGUUUGGGUCAUGGAGUCACUACUUGGGCUUAGCAGUGAAACACAGCAGGAGAUGGACACUUUAAAGGACACCAUUAAGUUCCAGCAGGAGUCCAUUGUGGCCUUAGAGGAUCGGCUGCGUGUGGCCGACAAAGAGCUAGGGAUCUUUAGAGCCCAGAUGGAAGAGAGAGCUUCCAAAGUCAUGUCUGAGAAGGGAGUUCUUGCAAGACCAGACACAGCAAAUGCUCAGGUAGAGACACUGACUUCUGUGCUAAGGCACGCUGCAGUUUUGUGCCGUCCAGAAGUAAAUAACGCAUCUGUAGGCGAUAUUUUACCAGCAACUCUGAUCGAGCAGGGCACCCAGACUGAUGCUGUAGAGAAAAAACUGGCAGAACCAGUUCCUGUUGCACUGGUCAGUACUGGGUGUCAGUGGGAGAAUGUGAAUGAGGAAAAGACUGACGGGCAGAAAGUUACAGUGCCAAAGAAGAGACAGCUGACCAUCGCUGAAUACAAGGUCUGUCCAGAGGAAGUGGUGGUCCGUACGGCCAAGAGGGAAGGAGACCAAGGAGAGAAGACUGCAGCCAGCAACACCAAGACAGGUAUGCUAAAGUCAAUCAUGAAGAGGAAGGAUGGGAGCACCUCUACUGAGAGUUGCACCGUCUGCAAGAAGAGCCUGCAGUUUGUUGGUAUUCUAAAUGGAGGGUAUGAAUCUACAUCAAGUGAAGAAGAAGGGGAAGAGGAGGAGGAAGAAGACAAGAGUUCUUCUGGAGAAAGUGGAGAAGGCGAAUGUUUGGACAGCACAGAGGAUGAGGCAGCUCUGGAGGAGGAAACAUCUGAGGAGGAGAGAAACAUCAACCUGGAUGAGAGUGACACUGACGAGGAAACCCUGAGAGCCGUGGACUGCUCAUCUGAUGCUGUCAAAGAGAAAUUUGAGCUGAGCUCAAAAAUGCGUGAGGCCUGUCUUAUUCUGAAAAACCACCUGAAUGAUGACGUACAAACACUGAAGAGUAAGGAAGUGCUCUCCAGCACCCACACUGUCCAGCUCGAGUGGUUCCGCAUCUCCAGCGCCAAGAUGGCUCAGCCUUCCCGGGUCUCUGACUACCUGAUGGCGUUCUCCGAAGUGUCGUCAGCACUGCUGGAGCACAUAGUUAACAUGACUGAUGGAAACGGCAACACGGCUCUCCACUAUAGCGUCUCCCACUCCAACUUCGGUGUGGUUGGGCUGCUGCUGGACACAGGUGUGUGCUGUGUGGAUAAGCAGAACAAGGCAGGCUACACUGCCAUCAUGCUGGCUGCGCUCUCUACUGUGAAGGAAGAGGGGGACAUGGCUAUAGUCAAGAAGCUUUUCAGGCAAGGCAAUGUCAACGCCAAGGCCAGUCAGGCUGGCCAGACAGCACUGAUGCUAGCUGUUAGCCACGGGCGUCAGGAGAUGGUGCGGGCAUUGCUUGAGUGUGGGGCUGACGUUAACGCACAGGAUGACGAGGGAUCGACGGCUCUGAUGUGUGCCAGUGAACAUGGUCGAGCUGAGAUCGUCAAACUGCUCCUGGAACAGCCUGGCUGCGACAUAUCCAUCGUGGAUAAUGAUGGCAGCAACGCUCUCUCUAUCGCACUGGAGGCGUCCCACAACGACACAGCGGUGCUGCUCUAUGCCCAUAUGAACUAUGCCAAGACCCCAACUGCUAUGGGGAGUCCAAAGGCCCAGCACCAGAGCCCCACCCGACCCCACAAGCCCUGGCCUGCAGACUGACCAGCAGACAUAACUGGAAAUGAGCUGUAAAGCUCCACUGGAAUUGAAUUAAAUAUAUUAUAUAUGUCCUGCAUUUAUAAGUACUGUUAAUGAGUAUUUUUUUUUCCACAAAAGUUGUGAAUACUUAUAUACUAAUAAGAGCUCCAGGCUUGUCUAAAUGAGGUUUCCAGUACUUGUUUGUUCUGUAUUAUUUGCACACCACUAAUGUUUUACUGUUGAGGGCCACAGACACAGAUGGCAUACGAUGUAAAUCAAAAAACCUGCACGCACUGUUUUCCAUACAAGCCCACACACUGAAACAAUAGACAUCAAGGUUGAUCACUGUCUGCCAAUAGGGGGCAGGGGCCACCCCCCUAAUGUUGCUGCAGAUAAGAUCCGAAACACUGACACAGUGAUAUUCAUAUAUAUUUCUCCCAGAGCCUCCAGUCCUACUGGGAGUGCUGGUGUUAGGGCCCUUCAUGUACGCCAGAGGCAGCACUGGAUGGACAUGGUCAACCCUCCACAGGGGCCGGUGAAGCUGGAUUGGGCAGAGCCAUUUAAGCACCCAAACAUGAACAGAUCCACAGACACACAUGUGCAUGUACUUGCACACAGAGUCUGAAAUAAUAGAAUAAAAGUGCUAAUAAAUGUGUUUAUCAUUUGUAAAACGCCUUGAGGCGAUUUCCAUCUGCUAAUAAAAGCGUGUCUAGAUGAAAGGUGUGUUUGUAAUUGCAUGUGAGUUUUACUUUGUCAGUGUGUGCACGGCAGAAUUUUCAAUGCUGGAGCCUGAGAAAGUUCAGCCGCUGUUCCCCACCGCCCCCUAGUGUGCAUGUGCAGUGGACCCCAGAACGUGGAAGCAACCCUGGAAGAAAAACAAAUUUGCCGUGUGCACCAGGCGAGCAACAUUCAGUGGGGAAAAUAAAUAUAUUAACAUUAUGAAAAAACAUUCUCACAAUACAGACAUUGAAAAAAUGUCCUAUCUUUUCCCCUUAAUACAUCUGUGGGAAGAAUGGUCUCCAUCUUGUGAUUUGGUAUCCAACAGUAAAUUCUUACAUUUAUAUCUGUAUUUAUUUGAAACUCCUCUUUAUUCAUAGUAAAUAUUACUGGUUUUUAGAUUUUAUUAAAAAAAAAACAAAUGGUAGGAAUAAGCCACAGUUUUGCCUAAAAGCCUGAAACAUGUCUUAUAACUUUUCUUUUUCCUGUUCCUUCUCCUCAGCACACAGUAAGGAUGCCCUUUAGUGGUGGCACACAGCAUUACACCAAUCUUAACAAGU